AUGAUGUGCGUUAACACGAACACGGUUGCAUCGUCGUCGUCGGCCGCCGUUGUCAACCAUAAUAAUAAUAAUAAUGAAGAGAUCAAGCCGGCGCGUCCGAAACGCGACUUCCGCUUCAAGGUGAUUGAGGUUCAGACGGGACCCAAAUGGUUUGUGUGGCCAUCGCGUAAUCGCGGAUCGUCGGAAGACGUCGAUGAGAAUCAUAACAAAGAGGCGAAAAAGGAGGAGCCCGAUUUCGCGACGGUAUCGCAGAAUGGAUACGGAGCCCUUCGUCGCAAUGUGAUGCGUCAAUCGAAAAGGAAACAGGAUCAAGAAUCGAUCGCUCAACGAACCGCCUCGGAGCCGGCGGCGGCUCGCCGCAUUCCGACGAAAAAGGACAAAGCGGUGACGGAGCCGAUCUCGCAGGUCUCAUCGAUGUUCAAAAUCAUCUCGAUCGAUAAGCAAUGGGAGAGCUUCGACGUCAGCGAUGACGACGAGGAGAACAGCAACGUGCGCACGAUCAGCGUCACUUGUCUGUCAGACUCGGGCGAGCGUCGUUGGACGACGUCCAUCUAA